AUGUUUCAGUGGGAAUCGUCUGUUUGCACUAUGAUGCAACGAAGUACUCUUAUUGGUCUACUGGUAUGUGUGGCAUUCGCAGUUGUUGCGUACGCAGAAGAUGACGAUCAAAUGGCAGAUAAGCGGGCGAUGCGAAACGCAUUGGUGCGAUUUGGUAGAUCUGGAAUGCGCAAUGCACUUGUAAGGUUUGGCAAACGAGCGGACGAUAAUGAGUAUUCAACGUGGGAUGAGAAGCGUAAUGGAGCACCUCAACCAUUUGUUCGAUUUGGACGAUCUGGACGUGUCGAUCAUAUUCAUGAUAUUCUAUCCACUUUGCAAAGAUUGCAAUUGGCCAAUGAAUGA